AUGGCGUCAAACCAAGUACCCCCUGUUAAAACUGCCGUAACGGCCAGAUCGGAGGAAGAGUGUUAUGACUUGCUCGUCAAGGAGAUUUCUUCCAUCCCUGAUCGUGAAGUUCCUGUUGCCCAAAACGGAGAGAAUGGCACCGAGUCGAAUCAAGUAGCACCUAUGCCUCAUUUGAGCCGAGGACCUGCGCCGGGAACGUCAACCAAUGUCAUGAUUGCAAAAACCAUUAGAGCUGCCAUGGCUGGCAUGCGACCUGGAUCAUGA